AUGGCCUGGACCCCUCUCCUCCUCAGCCUCCUGGCUCUCUGCACAGCCUCUGUGGCCUCCUACGAGCUGACGCAGCCGCCCUCGGUGUACGUGAACCCCGGACAGACGGCCAGGCUCACGUGUGGGGGAGACAACAUUGGAAAUAAGUACUCAUACUGGUACCAGCAGAAGCCCGGCCAGGCCCCCGUGCUGGUCAUCUAUAAAGAUAGCAAACGGCCCUCAGGGAUCCCUGACCGGUUCUCAGGCACCAACUCGGGGAACACGGCCACCCUGACCAUCAGCGGGGCCCAGGCCCAGGACGAGGCCAACUAUUACUGUCAGGUGUGGGACGGCAGUGCUGAUGCUCACAGUGACACAGGCGGGUGGGGAAGUGGGACAGAAACCUGCCCGCCGGGCCUGGUGCUCUCGCUCACCCGCUGUCUGAGCAGCUGA